AUGAAAUUAAAACCGUAUCAACAUCAUUUGAUCCCAUUUACUUCUCUUUUAAAAGGAUUACCAAAACAUUGCAGUAGUGAUGUCAAGUCAGCAUCGAUAAACAUACCUAAAAGAAUAGAACGUGAACCGACAGAUAUACUAAAAGCCUUGUCUUUAACUGUUAAAAGAGAUGAUACUUCUUUCCAUUACAAAUAUCCCGAUGAUCCAUACUUUUAUUAUAAUUCUAACAGAAUUAGAAGAAUUGCUGCUUUAUCUCUAGAAUCUGGUAGAAAAGCUGCUCAAUGGAUUAUUAAUGAACAUUAUGGAUUGUUUAAAAAUUCUCUGACAGGUGUUGGUCUCAAGGGUUUUCAAAUUAGGCCUGAGAAUAAUAAUUAUUCGAAGGUAAUUUCAGAAGAAAAAUUGUUAAAUGCUAUUAAUGAAAGAAAUGUUUCGGGAGCUAUAAAAAUAUAUGAAAAAUUAACUGAAACUCAAGAAAUUUCACAGAAAACAAAGCAAUUAUUAUUAGAACUCUUGUGCUUUUUUAAUUGUCAAGAAAAGGAAAAAUUUGUUAAUAGAGAAGAACCUUGGUUUCAAGGAGAAAAAAAAUUAAGUUUUAAAACUUGGAUAGAUGAUGGACUUGCUGAAAAAAUAUAUAACAGCUUAGACCCGAAUUGUCCAUUGGCCACAUCGACAAUAAUUCAAGGUAUGUUAAAAUAUGGCCAAAUCAAUAAAGCUAUUGAUAUAUUUAACACUGCAAGAAGUAAAAAUAUGAUUUUAUCAGUUGGAGUAUACAAUAAUAUAAUAUUAAACGUAGCCAACAUUUCCGAUUCAGAAAAUUGGAAUUAUAUACUUAAUUUAUUAAAAGAAAUGAACAUGAAUAAAAUAAUGCCAAAUUUAACAACUUUAAACAACGUGUUAGAGAUAUUAGUGAGAGAAAGACGUUUGAAAAAUAGAUUUGAAAUUGUAAUGAAAGUCAUAAGCGAAUUUGAAAAAUUGGGUAUCACACCAUCCCUUGGAACAUAUUAUUAUUUGAUACACAGUAAAUGUUAUAGUCAUAAUAGGAAAUCAACGGAAACGCGUACAUUUAUAAAAAACAUAUUACAAAAUUUAAUAAGAAAAAAAUUAUCGUUGAAUCAUUCAAGCGAUUUUUAUUUUUUUCCCAAAACAAUGAAUAUUUUAUCAACGGUCAUUAACGAUUCACAUUUAGCUCACAUGUUACACGGUUUGCUAUUAAAUCACGAUAACGUUAAAUUCAUAUCAAAUAAUUUGGACGAAUUACGUUAUUACAAAGAUUAUUUACAAGUAUCGUUUCAAAACGAUGUGAUAGAAGACGCCAUGAAUUUGUAUCGGAAAAUUGUACCGACGACUUACGUGCCGGAAAAACAAGGAUUCGAAGACAUAUUGAAAAUAAUUUGCGAUAAUGAAACAUUUGAAUUUUUACCAAUUGUUUAUAACGAUGCGAAAAAAGCAUCUUUCGACAUGGCUUUCGAAAUUGGAUUGGAAUUAUUGCACACGAUUGAUUUUUACACAGAAGAUAAAAAAGAACUCGGAGAAGUUUUACGCGAAAUAUCUGAUAAAAUAUAUUAUUUAUUAACUUCAAAUAAUACAGAUAAAAAUAAAUGGCCGAACGAAAGGAUUUUAUCAAAUUUAUUAAAAUGUUAUGUUAAAUUUAACGAUUUGGAAAAGGUUUCCAUGAUGAAAAAAAUUUUAUCGGAAAAUUCUUUGCAAGCAACCGAAGACAGUCUUGAAAUUUUAUGUCAAUUUUUUAUUUCCAAAGGAAAACAUAUGGAAACUAUGGAUACCUUAAAAGAAUUGAAGAGGAUGACGAGAAAAAAUAAUAAUAAUAAUUUAAAAAUUCUCAUGGAAAAUGCUAGAAACGAAUUAAAAGAUUUGUUAAAUAAAACGGAUUUGAAUUGGAUUGAUAAGAGUUUAAAAGAUAUUGAAAAAAAUCAAAAGGAAACAAUAAAAUGA